CGGCGCAUGCGCACUAUUCCCGGGGCUGUCUGAAGAAGUGCGUUUCCUUUUCUAGGGCCUGUGUGUUAAAGACAGCUGAGGUCCUUGGGUGUGCUGCGCUUCCGUAACGCUUAAAAACUGCUCGCUUCAGGCGGCUUUCCGUUUAUCGACUACUCUGACGAGCCGAUCAUCUUUUGUCUGCCCUGCAUUGAUGUUGAGGAAAGCUCUCUGGAAGAUCUGCUUCGCCGAAUGUGUGAAUGACCACGUCUGUAUCUUCUGUUGAUCAGAAGUUGACCCACACAUGGACUAAGUGGACAAGCCUAAAACAUCUCUAGCUAACUUUAAGGCAUUUGGACACCAAGGGCUGAUCAUCAUCUAGGGAACGCAUAGGUUUUUGGCCAGUUCUGGCUACAGCUGUACGCCUCAGGCUCAGCUCUGAUGUUACCGGCUGAAACGGGUUGACUGUGAGAGGACGAUUUCCCUCGGAUAUGUCUACCUUUGAGACAAUCUGGCCUCCGGGCACCGAGUGUGUGGCCAGGUACAACUUCCCUGGAACGGCAGACCAGGACUUGCCUAUGAGCAAAGGAGAUGUCCUUACUAUAAUUGGAGUAACUAAGGAUCCAAACUGGUACAAAGCAAAAAACUCGGCGGGACGAGAGGGUACCAUACCAGCAAACUAUGUUCAGAAGAGAGAAGGAGUGAAGUCUGGCGGUAAACUGAGCCUAAUGCCAUGGUUCCAUGGAAAGAUCACGCGUGAGCAGGCCGAGGGGCUUCUCUACCCCCCAGAGACAGGCCUCUUCCUGGUGCGCGAGAGCACCAACUACCCCGGCGACUACACCCUGUGUGUCAGCUGCGACGGCAAGGUGGAGCAUUACCGCAUCAUCUACCACAACGGCAAACUGUCCAUCGACGAGGAGGAGUACUUUGAAAACCUCAUGCAGCUCAUGGAGCACUACACUAAAGAUGCAGAUGGACUCUGUACCAGACUUAUCAAACCUAAACUCAUGGAGGGGACUGUGGCGGCCCAGGAUGAGUUUUCUAGGAGUGGCUGGGCUCUGAAUAGAAAAGAACUGAAGCUUAAUCAGACCAUUGGAAAGGGAGAGUUUGGAGAUGUGAUGGUUGGAGACUACCGAGGCAAGAAAGUAGCUGUGAAAUGUAUCAAAAAUGACGCAACAGCGCAGGCCUUUGUUGCCGAGGCUUCAGUCAUGACGCAGUUACGGCAUAAUAACUUGGUACAGCUGCUGGGAGUGAUUGUGGAAGAGAAGGGCAGCCUCUUCAUUGUCACUGAGUACAUGGCCAAGGGUAGUCUAGUGGACUAUCUGCGCUCCCGAGGACGUACUGUUAUUGGUGGAGAUCGAUUGAUCAACUUCUCAAUGGAUGUCUGCAAGGCGAUGGAAUAUCUCGAGGCCAGUAACUUUGUGCACAGGGAUCUGGCGGCUCGUAAUGUUCUAGUGUCAGAAGACAACAUAGCAAAAGUCAGCGACUUCGGCCUCACCAAGGAAGCGUCCUCAUCUCAAGAUACAGCCAAACUCCCGGUUAAGUGGACUUCACCUGAGGCCUUACGAGAGAAGAAGUUUUCCACUAAGUCAGAUGUAUGGAGCUAUGGCAUCUUACUGUGGGAGAUCUAUUCCUUUGGCAGGGUACCAUAUCCAAGAAUUCCUCUGAAGGAAGUUGUCCCGCGUGUAGAGAAGGGUUAUAAGAUGGACGCCCCCGACGUCUGCCCGGUCGUGGUGUAUGACCUCAUGAAGCAGUGCUGGACUCUGGACCCUGUGGUGCGGCCCAGCUUCAGAGAACUGAAAGAGAAACUUCAAGAUAUCAUAACCAAUGAGCUGUACCGAUAAAAGACAAAAACUAAAGGAAAAACACAGGAGGAAGACCUCCAUGGGACCAUUCUCAUACAAUCUGACCAAAAUCUACUCCUAAAGCAGUGGACUUUAAAAACUUCAGCAGAAAUUUCUUUUGCGAGCGCAUACUUGUUUUUUCUUUGCAUUGUUUUCAUAGCUUGAUUUUCUUAAUUUUGGGGAGGCUGGCCUUCUCUACACCAACUCAUCUUUUUUUGAAUCAUAAGAUCUUCAGCCUCCUCUGAUUCAUCCUCAUACACUCCCUCAUUGCGGACGUUUGAUUAGCAUAUAGUGCUUUCUGCCAAAAAAAGAAUUUUAUUACUAAAUCUGUCCAUAAAACAAAGCAAAAUAAAAUUUUCAUGAGAAAUGACAUUUGGCACCAAUAAGGCAGGUUUUUUUGCUAAAUCGUGUACCCAAAAACAAUAAUUGGCACUUAGGGAAGCUGUAUGUCCAUCCCAAACUGUUCUCAGUUCCAGUAGCCAAUGGAAUACACAAGAGAAUCUUUCUUCCAUUUCACAGUGCCUUUAACGGCAGAAGUCUGUCUCACCACAGAGCUUGUUUUUUAUUUUAUUUUAAAUAUGGUGUGUAAAAGCGCUUUGAUUUCCUGUUGUCGUUCUCAUCUUUCCAAACAUGUCAGUCUGAGCCUCUUAACCAGAAAGGAUGAAUAUACACAUUGUAGGCCUUUCAAAAGUGUGGCUUGGGUGGAAGCUGAAAUGCUUUAAAGGGAUAGUU